AUGGAACGGAUGGAGUCUAUGGAGCCCCUCUCUGCGUUCUACACCACGGCUUACCCAGAGAUCCAGCCCGAGAGCGGCUACGGCUCCGGAGACAAGACCCCCCCUGCGCCUGCGCCUGCGUAUGACCAGGAGCUGGUGCAUAAGACCAUCCUGGUGGGCGACAGUGGUGUGGGGAAGACCUCUCUCCUGGUGCAGUUCGAUCAGGGGAAGUUCAUCCCUGGCUCCUUCUCCGCCACAGUGGGCAUUGGAUUCACAAACAAAGUCGUGACUGUGGACAACCUGAAGGUCAAACUGCAGAUCUGGGACACUGCGGGACAGGAGCGCUUCCGGAGCGUCACACAUGCGUACUACAGAGACGCACACGCUCUGCUCCUGCUCUAUGACAUCACCAGCAAAUCCUCCUUCGACAACAUCAGAGCUUGGCUCACAGAGAUCCACGAGUACGCACAGAGCGACGUCGUCAUCAUGUUGCUAGGUAACAAGACGGACAUGGCGGGAGAGCGGGCCAUCCGGAGAGAAGAGGGCGAGAGGCUGGCCAGAGAGUACUCUGUCCCGUUCAUGGAGACCAGCGCCAAGACUGGGGUCAACGUGGAGCUGGCCUUUACUGCUGUGGCCAAGGACCUGAAGAGCAGAGCCAUCCAGCAUCCCACUGAGCCCAAGUUUAAGAUCCACGAAUACAUCGAAGCACAGAAGGAGAAGUCCAGCUGCUGUAGCUUCUUCUGA